AUGAUGAACAGCGGGACAUCAAUCUUCGCUAUCGUCCUUUCCAUAUUCUUGGCCGUAGCCAGCACAUCUGCCGCCGUCAUAUUGGCGGAAUUCAUCCUAUUAUCCGCCCUGAUCUGCGUUCUCGUCACUGUAACCGGCUGCGCAUCCACCGCGACUGCCUUCGCCGCAUUCGCCUACCUAUUCUUCCGCUUCUUCUCCCUGUUAUGGACCGACGGCCGCUCCGGAUUAGCAAAAUGGGCUUCGGAAACACGACAGCACGCUUCGCGCGUCUUGCGCGCUGCGCCUAUUGACCUGCACGACGUACCUAUUGACGAGACCUUGAACGACCCCGCGCACGACCGAGAAAUGCCCGCGACGACGCCCUGCUCAUGA